AUGUUAGAUCUCACAAGUGCCAAUCACAAGGUUUGGUGGGAAGAUGGCCAGCUUCCAUUUGACCAUAUACCGUUCGUUCAAGUGAACCAUAGGGUCUACGAUUGUCGUCAUGGGGUAGAUAGGCAUUCAAGCCAAAAGAAGAAAAACAGAACGUCAAAUUCUAGCGACCACUCGUUUAAGAAGCACAGAAACAUGUUUCAAGGAACAAAGAAAUUAAACUGUUCAGCACAAGUUCACAUGAGGGAAUACAUCAAAUUUCCAGAUUUUAGGGCUGGAGGUCUUCAUCAAGGAAUUGAUAAGAUUCUUGUUUCCAAGAUUCAAGAAUUGGUUGUUGCUGGGGCUUGCUCAGUUAAAGAUGUUAGGAUGCAUCUUAAAAUCUAUGUGGAGCAAGACCUGUACAAAGCAACAAAGGCACCCGCUAAAACCAAUCGGAGAUUUUAUCCUUCCAAACAAACCAUACGCAGUCAUCAAAGUGUUUCAGUCUUGUGCAACAUUUACAAGGCAGUCAUCAAAGAAAGAUUUUCAAAAUUUGACCAAGAAAAUCUUCAAAAGAAAAUCGAAGACUGGAAACUGAGGUGUUCCGACGAGUCUUUCUUCUUUCGCCCGCUUGCUAAAUAUUCAGCAGAGUCUUUGAUUACUCAAGAAAAUAGUGUUGAUAACGAAGAAGACGACGAUGACGAUGAUGAUGACAACACAGUUUUGCCAGAGUCAAAAAAUGGAUUGUUAUUCAUUCACCAAACUGUUAAUCAGAAACGUCUUCUAAAGAGAUAUGGUAACGAACUUACCCUUCUAGAUGCCACUUACAAAACGACAAAAUACAGCCUCGCUUUGUUUUUUCUUGUGGUAAAAACCAAUGUAAGCUAUCAAGUCGUUGGUUCUUUUGUCCUGCAAAGUGAAACAUCGUACGCUAUUGCGGAGGCUCUUCAAGUUAUAAGAGGUUGGAACAACGAGUGGAAUCUAGCGUAUUUUAUGGUAGAUUACCCUGAAGAGGAAAUGUCGGAGAUAAACCGAGUAUUCGCAGGAUGUCAGACGUACAUCUGCGAUUUCUAUCGAGAGCAAGCGUGGGAGCGAUGGCUUUCAAAAAGCAGCAACGGACUGCUCCCGUUAAAAAAAAACGAUUCUUGCAAAACUUCGAUUAAUUGCCAGAGCGAGGACGGAGGCUGAUUACGAGGAAAAUGUUAAUAAUUUUAAGUCAUCAGAAGAAUGGAAGACAAACCCAAAACUGCGCAACUGGAUUGGCAAUACAUGGUUAUCCCAA